AUGAAGGCAGCAAAGAUCGAUGCUAAAGAAGAAGAACUUGAGGACGGCCAUCAACAGCCGCUGAUACCUGGUGAUAGUAGGGGCCAGCAGGCUCCUGACGAAAAACGUCAGGAGAUGAUAGAAAACAAUGAUCCACCAGAGGUGCAGGGGACCGAGAAGAAACAGUGCUGGUAUGGAAGGCGUAUACCAACCCAGCUUUCGAAUCUGGCGCUGCAUGUCAAUGUACGAUGGUGUAAUGACGAAAAAGAAAGGCGCAAACAGGAGAAGGAUGCGCAGAAUAGAGAGAAGGAGGGCGCGGAGAAACGACGGUUGGAUAGAUCGCCCGACUUUGAUAAGGAGGUGAAGAACGCAAUUGAGCAAGCAUUAAGCAAAAGAUCGGAGAGCAACAUCUGCCAAGACCCGUACGAUAAAGUGCAUACAGGAGGGAGAUCUGAAGAUAAGGUUACGGUGAACGAGACUGAACCCUUAGAAAGCCUGGACAGAAGAAUCAUCAGUCCGAAUCCUAUUGUGCUGAACAGCUCAGGAAUCAAAGGAGUUUUUGACAUUCAGCGCAUCGUCGUAAGGAUGCUUGAUCCUGAUAGUCUGCGGCAAAAGAUCAAGACUGCAAUUAGCGUCAAUGAGAAGAUUGAUGGAUGGUGUACUAUUAGUACGGGGCUGGCGCUGACAAUGGUGGCUUUUUCUUGCGAAAGACACGUUCUUGUGCAGCAGUUGGAUUUAGUCGAAGUGGUAGAGGAGACCGUCCUUAAAGACCCACACGCCAAAUUGGACGGAAUCUCUGAACAGCUACAGAGGUCAGAGUAUAGGCAGAAUGCAGAGACUAACACCGAAAGUUAUACGACCUCUGAAGAGGACAUACGACAAGGCCUGAAAAAACCAGAACGAUCUUCCACAGAGAGAUCAGACCUUACCACAAACCCGAAGACGAUGAAGAUACAAUAUGGUAAUUCCCCAGAACAGCGAAAGCUUUUUCGCAUGUUGGGUUUUGUCACCGAAUCUAACAUUCAGAUCGUCGCUGGCGAAUGGGUACUUGCACGAUUUUCAAGUGCACCGGGUGCGAAGUGGUUUCUCUGUCGACUAGAGCUCGGUGCCGGCACUGAGUUCUACGCACGUCGGAUACCAACAGAUGAGAUUGAUUUCACUGAGGCGUUUCCCGAAAGGGGCUUGGUGGAGUAUUGGCAUGCAUUCCUACUGGAGCAGAAAUCCAUAAUGUGCGAUGUUCUGUCAUUCUACCUACUAAGCAAGAAAGCAGGAAAAUACACGGACUGGCUGGGUGAAAGUAUUAUCAAUUCCCUUUCGGGAGAUGUGACCAGUGACCAGAAUGAAGAUGAAAGCUGUGACGAUGAUGUGGACUUGGCCAGAAACCCGAGAUCUCGGGAUUACGGGCAUCUGUCUAAUGUGCGAAAGAUGAUCAAAAUGAUAGGGUGGAGCGCUAAAGGCGUGUUGUCUGAGACUUGGGCAAGUCACCUAAACAGAUAUUUGAGGGACAACGCUCUAAGAAAGGUACCAGUUCACCUGCGCGCAGCAGUGGAGGCCUUAAGUGAUAGGCGUGUGCUUCUACCAGCGAUGUUCCACACAGGGAAAGAGAUACACUUCUUCUAA